AUGGAUACCGAGGAUGGCCACGUCUUCAUAAGGAACCUGGCUUACUUUGUACGAACCCACGAAAAGGCCCUCGCCAACGCCCUGCAACUGCAGCGGCAGAUGCCCAAGAAUGGCCAGGCCAUUAUCUCACCCUCGUCUCCCAACGGCCCCGCUAGUCCGCCCUCAUCCUCGUCGUCAAGCGUCUGGGCCGCCGCCCUGUCUUUGCCGUCCCUGACCUUCACCUCACAGUCCAUCAAGCCAGCCAAGCUCACAUUGACGCCCCACCAUCUCUUCUACAUCCUUUCACGAUUCGAGGAGCUCGGCAUACCUGUUGGUCCCAUGAAUGUGCGACUGGAGAACAUCCACACGGACGCUUCACCCGCAAACUAUGUCUCGUUCCUCGGCAGCGCUCAGCGCAGCAAAACAAAGUCUUCCGACCGCGACUCCAUACAUUCAGUGUCGAGCGUUCGCAGUGUCAUGUCAGGCAUGUCCUCGCUUUGGUCCACCUUUCGCAUUGGAUCAAACAGUGAAGCCAAGGCAGAGAAACAGAAAGUUCAACUCCAAGAAGACUUGCGAUAUCUCUACUCUGCAUUUACUAAGAUUCCCUGCCUGAGGCUGUCUCCUGACCACAAAGCCCGUCUCAUUGCGGGUUAUGAAGAAUUUCCCUUCGACACUGCCGUCCCUUUGUUCGCUUUCAAGAAUGUCACUGCGCUUGAGAUUCACGAUGUAGACUUUCGGCAAUUCUAUGGCUGGGACCGCCUGGCCGAAAACCUUCGCAGUCUUACUGUCAAGCGAGCAGGUGUUGACGAUCCCGCUGACCUUCUUAUCAAUGUCGUCUUGGACGACAUGGACAAGCGUCGUAGACGGUCGGCAAAGACACACGCUUCUUCCGCGCCUUGGUCUACCGCAAGCCCGUCCGCCAAGGUUGAGCACAAGCCCAAGAAGCGCGGUCGUGGCGCCGGAGAAUUCGUCCAAGACGCGCCAGCGACAGCGCAGUACCUCUCCCACGCGGCCCCCAAGCUCUCGUCAUGGUUCGUCCCAUGCCUAUGGUCGAAGCACUACAAAUGCACCCAACAUCCGCCGCUCGUCUGGGAGUUCUAG